AUGAUAAGUGGUAUUCGCGUUAACGAUACUUGUAUAACAGAAUUCAAUAAUAUGAAAAUUCGAAAAACUUGCCGAUGGAUUAUAUUCGUUAUAGAAAAUUGUGAGAUUAUUAUUCAUUCCAAAGGAGCAACAACUACUUUAACCGAAUUAGUGGAAUCGAUUGAUAAAAAUGAACAAAUUCAAUGUGCAUAUGUUGUUUUUGACGCGGUGCACAAAAUUCACUUCUUUAUGUAUGCAAGAGAAUCAUCAAAUUCGAGAGACAGGAUGACCUAUGCUUCUAGUAAACAAGCAUUAUUAAAGAAAAUUGAAGGAGUUAACGUUUUAACCUCAGUUAUUGAAAGCGCUCAGGAUGUUGCUGAUUUUAAAUAG